CUAUUUUUACUCCCAAGAUGCACUGCGCACAGGUGAGCGGUCAGAUAUAAAAGUUUGAAAAAAUCAACAAUAUUUAUGAAACCGGAAAUAAGAUGAAGCUGCUCCUAUCUGUAACGCUUUUAGCGUUUGUAUGCCUAGCCCAUGGGCAAUUGAGAGAAGGUACCCUACAGUGUUAUGAGUGUAAUGUAUACAAAGGGGGAUAUGGAGUAAAAUGUACAGAGCCAAUGAUACGGAACAAAUGCCACACGUGUCUGAAGAUUGAGACUAGAAUCAAGCUGUUUUAUUAUUGGAAUAAUCCAUCUGAUUCAGUCGUGAUAUCCCGAGUAUGCGCUGGUCCGGAGGCUCCUGCAAAACAUGCAUGUUGGACACAGACCUCAAAUGGAGGGGAAACAAGACGAUGCUUCUGUGACACUAAUCUAUGUAAUAACUCUCGUGGAAUUCAUGCAGGAAAAUAUUUUGCUACAAUUGUUGCCAUAGUUACAUCACUUUUUGCAGGACUUAGGUUUUCAUAGAGACUAAUUGAAAAUAGUUUUUUAUAAUUGUCGAUCAACUGGAUAUGAGUUUACAGAUUUUUUUUAAACAUGGAUUCUACAGAAAAGUGUUUUUAAACAUAUGUCAUCAUUUUACAAAACUUGAAUGUUUCAGACAUAUUUCACUUUAAGUUACUAUUUUACAAAAUGUUGAAUUCUAAGUGUGUUCAAAAAUUAAUUGUACAUUUUUUGAAUCGCAGGGUUUUUAAGUCCAAUCAGUAUCCAUUGUAUUACAUAAUCAGUAUACAAUUCAUUCCUGUUAUAUAUUAUAUAUUACUAUAGUAGUUGAAUUUAUUAGUCAAAGAAAUUUUCAUUCCUAUGAAUCAGCUGCUCUGAAUGUAGAAUAGAUUACACACACACUGUCAUGGAAAACACAUUUUCAUGUGAAUAAUUUUAGUUACUGAACAUACCAUUCCAUAUUUGUAUAUAAAGUUUUAUAUGC